AUGACUGCCAAAGAGGCGCUGGACCGUAGCGACUCCUCGGGCCGUAGAGGCGGCUCGCAUACUCAGCCCAAAUGUCCCGAGUGCGAGCAGGAGUUUGACGGGCGCGAGGAGCUGCACGCGCACAUGGCCGAACUGCACGGCGCCGACAAACCCAUCAGCUGCCCCGUGUGUGCCCGCAGCUUCACCCGCAACGGCUCGCUGAAGCUGCACAUGGCCAUGCACAUGCGCGAGAAGCCGUUCACCUGCCCUGUGUGCGCGCGCGGCUUCACCCAGAAGGGAAACCUGCGCUCACACAUGGCCCAGCACACGGGAGAGAAACCUUUCAGCUGCUCCCAGUGCGACGCCCGCUUCCCCAUCAAGCGCACCCUGCUGCGCCACAUGAAGCUGCACACCGGCGAGCGCCCGUACAGCUGUCCGUACUGCGACAAGAGCUUCACGCGUAAAGAGCACGUGCGGCUGCACAUGUCGGUGCACACGGGGGAAGGCACGCCCAAGAAGAAGCGCCGAGUCACGCCCACGCUCACGGACGCCGCCGACGCCUUCAGCUCUGCGCACACAUCCAGGAGCGACACGGGUCUAAUCAACACAGAACCACAGCAGAAAGACUCAGCCGACGGGUUCCAGCGCAACAACACGGACGUGUUCAACGCCUUCAGGAGCGAGGACACUGACCUGUGA